UUCUCAUCCACCCACCUGCCACCUUGGCACACCACAGAACCCGCAGAGCCCUCCGAACCAAACAUGGAGCCGGUCGAAAUCCUCCUCCUCGAAGAAGGAGACCCCAACUCGGGCUUCCGCACUAAAAACGUGCCUGGCGACAAGGCUCGGGCCGUGCUCAUUGAUCGCGGGGACGCUCUGACCCUCCGCGCCGCCCUAGUCAGUGUGACACAUGGCGAUUUCACCCCCAACGGCGACGCGGCGACGCUUCUGAUUUUCGAGUUCAACUUUCUCAGCGUGAAGAGCGCGCGGAGAUUCACCAGCGGCAUGAUCAUCCUGACCUUCGAGGACGCCAGCGGCAACGUCAAGAACCGCCCAGAGGUCUCGGCCAUUGCGCCGGCAGGAAGCUUUGCGAUCAACAAGUCCACCUCGACCCGCGACGUUCACCAGACGUUCAAUGCCAGCAUCAAAGGCAACGCGGCUGGCGCCGGCGGCGACCUCGGGUACGUCUGGGACACGUCCAAGGUCGAGGAAACGCAGCACGCAACGACUCUAGUCGGGAUGAAGCGCCUCUUUGCCGAUUUUGGCAAGGACAACGGCGUCAUUUGGACCUUGGAGGAGGACAAGGUCAAGAAGCAGGGAAUCCCGAGUUUCUUGCGUGCGGCGGUGCUUCUGCGCCGCAAGGACGAUGUUCCCUUCCGCUUCACCAUCUCAGUCGACACCGGCGUCGACUUUGAGGGCAAGAUGCGGCGUCUGCUUGGUCUUGAAAAACCGGACCCGGUUGAUCCCGUCGAACUGGAUGGCGAGACGGAUCUGGAGGAUCUGGGUAUCUCCAGCCUCGAUCCGAGUGUGGUGGAUGUGGAUUUGACCAACAUGCGGGAUAUGGACAUUGGGAAGCACGCCGAUGUGGUGCUGGCGACCCUGCUCAAGGUUCCUGCUUGAACUCUCAGGCUUCUAUUUAACCUGUUCUUUGAAUGGUUUCAUGCUUUUACGUCAAAUCCUAGCUUCCGGAGGGUGGACGCCUCCGAGUAACUGUUCUCCCAGCUGAAUAUACUAUGCCACUCCAGACUAGAUAGAGUCUUGUGGAUAUUCUUCCGAGGCGCAAGACGAUGUGGCCUAGAAGCUGAGACCCAUCCCAUAAGGAAGGACUCUGUGGUACAUAGCAUGAAGAACAGCCUUCCGCCUGCAUCUCUGCCUUCGGGGUGUACUGUAAGACGGGUCUCAAGGGUCUCAAUAGCACAUUGCACCUAUCUUUGACGUGAUCCG